AUGAGGGAUAUCACACCCCCACCCAGUCCCCCACCACCACCUGCCACAAACAACUCACUACCCAUUUGUUACAACCAUCUUGCUAGCCACCACUCACCUACCCACCUGCCAUCCACCCGCCACCAUCCACCACUCGCCACUACUAUCCACUCCGUCCGCCACCACCUACCUGCCACUUACACGCCACCAUCCACUCACCAGCCAUCUCCACUACCAUACACCACCGCCACCCACCAGCCCACUAGUCACACCCAUCUGUCUCCCACGCCACCACCACCCAUUACCACCACCACCACCAUCAACACCACUACCUUACCAUCAACCACCACGCCACCACCCCACCACCACUACCACCAUCACACAACAAACCCACCCGCCACACACCCACCCACCGCCGCCACCGCCACCCAACCCACUUGCACAACCACCACCCACUACCCGCCACUACCACCACCACUCACCACCACCCACCGCCGCCACCCACCCACCUGCCCACCACCCAACCACCCACCACCCGUCACCGUCAACUUUACACCUACACCACCACCCGCCACUACCACCCCCACCACACCUGCCACCACCCGCCAUCUACCACCCGCUGCCACCACUAUAUACCCACCCGUCACCACUUUCACCACCGUCUUCGCCGCCACCACCCGCCAUUUUGCCCCACUUUCCACACCAUCUAGGAGCGGAGUGGAGCUGAGCCCUGUAGCCGACAACACGACACCAAAUGUGGAAGGGAGCACCAAUCCGGGGACGACACGUGGCGUGGGGGGAGCAUCCCAGCUUCUAAGGCUUGGAUUAACUGGUCUUUAA